GCUAUAAGACCCUAGAAUGAUGACCAGCUCUGUCUUUAAAGGAGAGGACAAGACAUCCCCCACACGGUUCCAUCCAAUAGCUAUAAGACCCUAGAAUGAUGACCAGCUCUGUCUUUAAAGGAGAGGACAAGACAUCCCCCACACGGUUCCAUCCUAGAGCUACAGGUCCCUAGAAUGAUGACCAGCUCUGUCUUUAAAGGAGAGGACAAGACAUCCCCCACAUGGUUCCAGCCUAGAGCUACAAGACCCUGAGACAUUAGUUUAACAGAACACGUUUCUCUGCCCAGAUUGAGACUAGGGGUAAUGUUCCCCUGCUCAGAUGUUACAUUCAUCAACCAAUGGUUGCCUGCCACACCAUCGACGGUGUUAUAGACUGACAGAUUGCUAUAACAUGAUUUGGUUAGUUGAUACGAUGCCUGGAUAGGUAUUUUAACUAAGAUCUGUCAGGCGUCAGCAACUUUUGACCAGAGAAACUCGCCUUACAUCGACUCAAAAUGGCUGCUGUCGUUUCUUUACCUAUCGUGAGACUCCACAGACUAACGAAGGAUCAACUGUCUCUCGCUGCUCAGAAGAACAAUAACAAACCAGGCAGAAAUCCAACGAAGAAGAACAACUCCACCACCAGAGGAAGGAAACAAUCCACAGGAAAAGGAAACAACUCUGCUGACAGUGAAAGUGUUUCUAGCCAGGUAUCAUCGGCCCCUAAGUGGUGGGGUCGCCCCAAGGGAAGCCAAAACAAACCCAAGAUAAGGAUACAACUCUCCAGCGCUAUCUUGAGGCCUGACGAGGUAAAACAAGAGGUGAAACAAGAGAUCUGCCUAUCCGGACAAAAAUUGAACACUGGUUGAACGCUGUAAAGCCAGAGAGCUAUGACCCAGAGAUGGGUAACACCAAGGGACCUCCUACAGAGAGCGACCCCCAGGACAGAUGCACAUCAGCUGGGUAUCAAGGCGGAGGAUGCCCCCCUGUACUUCCAAGAUGGAAGGAGACGCCUGCGAUCGGCUACCAGCCGGCCGUUCAACCUGACUGCAUUCCGGUCCGACCCAGAAUGGCGGCCUCGCAACCAGAAGGUCCGGCGGUUCCCGUGUCCAGACUGCGGCCAGUUCUUCUCCAAAACCACGCUGGAGUUCCGCUCCCUGGUCCACACCCAGUACCGGCCGUACUCCUGUGAGGUUUGCCAUAAGACCUUCUCCAGGAAAGCACCUGGACGACCAAUUCACGAUGCGGAACGUCCCUUCGCCUGCCCCCAGUGCGGCAGAACCUUCACGUUGAAAUCCAACCUGACCCAACACAUGCGUUUCCACAGCGAUGCACGGCCCUACGUCUGCUCCCAGUGCGGCAGAAGGCUUCAAGAUCUCCGCCCACCUGCCACAUGACGGCCCACAGUGGGUGUAAACUGUACAUGUGCCCGGAGUGUGGCCAGAGGUACAUGAGUCUGAAGUAUCACCGACUGAGCCACACUGGCGAGCGCCCACUGUCCUGCCCAGAGUGUCCCAUGACCUUUGCCCGACCGCACAUCCUUAUGGUCCACCAGCUGAAACACACCGGGGAGACGCCGUUCUCUUGCCAGGACUGUGGGAACCAGUUCAAACAGUGGUGCAAGCUAAAAGAACACGUCAGAAGGAAACACACAGGGGAGAAACCUUACAAAUGCUCCGAUUGCGACAAGUGCUUUGUCACUACGGGGGCCCGUAAUGCACACAUGGUUGUCCACACCGGAGAGAAGCCGUACAAAUGCAUGGAGUGUGGUAUUAGCUAGUCAGAGUAGGAAUCUAACGCAGCACAUGAGGAGAUACACACGGGAGAAACCAUACAAAUGCUCUGAGUGCGACAAGUGCUUUGUCAAUUCUACGUUGCGUAAAGUGCACAUGGUUGUCCACACAGGGGAGAAGCCGUACAAAUGCACUGCGGUAAGAGCUACAGUCAAACUGGGUCCCUGAAGAGGCACAGGUGUAAGAAGAAACCCAGGUGAGAGGAACCUCCGGGGUACAUCCCAAAUGCCACCCUAUUCCCUAUAAAGUGCACUAGGGCCCACAGGGCUCUGGUCAAAAGUAGUGCACUAUAUGCCAUUUGGGACACCAUCCCGGUGUUCUCAGUGUCGGAACUGGAGAGCAAUGGAGAGUCUCCUUAAAAUGUAGCACAGGUGAAAGGAACCCGGUUAUAGGAUUCUCCGGUGUUCUGAGUAGGGAAACUGGACUUUGUCCCUUUUUAAGUCCUGUAUAAACAAUCUGUGACUGGUACAUUCAUUUUUGGACACGUGGCACUCAACAUAUAAGAUCACCUGACCAGGGAAAUCUCUAGGCUUAUUACCUCUUCUAUCAAUUAUUUAACCCUCAAUGAAAUCAACCACUUUCACUGUGAUGCAGUUUAACUUACCUGAUGUGUGUUGUAAAUGUUCAAGGAACGUUUCCCAGACACAGAUUAAGCCAAAUCCUGGACUAAAAAGCAAGAUAAUCUCCAUUGAAAUAGGGUUUUUAUCCUAGGACUAGGCCCUACUUUUAAAUUUAAAAAAAAAGAAGUUGUAUUGAAACGGCCCAAAUGGUUAACUGAUGAAUUGAACGGAUCAAUAAACUGACUUGUUUGACUGUAUUGUGUGUAUGUGUCUCCAUAGUGGCAGCGUUGAGGCUGCUUCUGAUUGGUAACACUGGGCAGGGUCAGAGUUCAGCAGGAAACACCAUCAUUGGCAGAGACCUUCUGAGUGGACUUCUCUAUGGUUGCCAUGAUCACAGAUUUUGAGAGCUGGACCGGGCCAGCUGCUACUAC